UGGAGAGAAGCGGGGAUGCGAUCCCUGUGAGACGCAAGCUUUGUUUGUGGCGCAUCUCAGCCCCGGCAUUGAAAAGCAAAAAAGGACAAAAGGGGAAGGAAAGCCAUUAGUUGUCGGGUUGCGGCUUUUCGACAACCUCUUGCUCUCAUUCCGCUUGAGCACAUCCCAUAUCCACCGGAGGCUCGCUGCCCCAUUUCCCAGAGCAUCCCAACCCCGCUUAAGGAUGCUGCACCUGAAAGUCCAAUUUUUGGAUGAUUCCCAAAAGAUCUUUGUCGUGGAUCAAAAAUCAUCUGGGAGGACCUUAUUCAACCUGAGCUGCAGCCACUUGAACCUUACAGAAAAGGAAUACUUUGGACUGGAGUUUUGGAGUUCUGCGGGGCAUGCUGCCUGGCUGGAACUUCUCAAGCCUAUCACAAAGCAGAUUAAAAAUCCUAAGGAGAUUCUUUUCAAAUUUAUGGUGAAAUUUUUCCCAGUGGAUCCGGCCCAUCUGAAAGAAGAGCUGACGAGGUACCUGUUCACUCUCCAGAUCAAGAAGGACCUGGCCUGCGGAAGCCUUCCUUGCAGUGAUAACAGUUUGGCUCUGAUGGUCUCCCACCUUUUGCAAUCCACACUGGGAGAUUUCCAUGAGGAAACAGACUGGAAGCACUUGGAGACACACAAAUAUUUCGCAAACCAAGACUGUCUGACCGACAAGAUCAUGCGUUAUCACAAGAAACACCGAGGCAAAACUCCAGGCGAGUCGGACAUCCAGCUCCUGGACAUUGCAAGGAAGCUGGAAAUGUAUGGGAUCCGGCCCCACCCGGCAAGCGACGGAGAAGGCACCCAGAUCAACUUGGCGGUGGCUCAUAUGGGAGUGCUGGUUUUGCGGGGAAAUACCAAGAUCAACACCUUCAACUGGUCCAAAAUCCGCAAGCUGAGUUUCAAACGGAAGCAUUUCCUGAUCAAGCUCCAUGCCAACAUGGCGGCCUUGUGCAAAGACACAUUGGAGUUUGCCAUGGCUAACCGAGACACGUGCAAAGCCUUCUGGAAGACAUGUGUGGAGUACCAUGCUUUCUUCCGCCUCUCCGAAGAGCCCAAGUCCAAGCCCAAGGCCUUUCUCUGCAGCAAGGGCUCCAGUUUCCGAUACAGCGGACGGACGCAGCGGCAGCUGCUGGAACACGGCACGAAAGGGAAACUCAAGAGCCUGCCAUUUGAAAGGAAGCGCUACUCCCCUCGGUACCACGACCGGCAAUGCCGCUCCUCUCCAGAUCUCCUUACAGACGUUUCCAAGCAGCUGGAAGACUUGCGCCUGGUUUACGGCAACAUGGGGAGCUACUACGGGGCCAAUGGCGUCCACACCUCGGAGCCCACCCUGGACAGCAGCCGACGGAGGAAUUCUGCCAUGGAGGUGAUCUUUGCGGAUGAGCUGGAACGCUCCAAGCCUGAAGCUGACCCGACGUUGCUGGCUCACUCCCAGAGCAGCUCCGCCUUCCAACUGGUCUACACUGAACCGGAAGAUGAUUGGGAGCCUCCUGACCUUUAUGGAUCGAGGGUCCCACUGACCUCCUUCCAACCGAGCUACAGGGUAGCCGGGAACAGUAAGAGCACCUCAGUGGGCAGUGUGCGAGAGGCAACCCCCAGGCAGCGUCUGGCCUAUACUGAUGUGCCCUAUGUGGUCAACCCAUCAUUCGAUGUGGGGUCGCCCCAAGUCUUCUUCUACAUGGACAGGCCCACUCAGUUUGCACGGCACAUGGCGAUGGGCCCGGUGGAGGAAGUGACGAGCGGCAUGAACGUCCUUGGUGUGGCCCCCGUGAAGCCUCGAAGGAGGAGCCCCGGGGCCACAAGGCUGCGGGUGCCCGACCCGGAGCCCCUUCCUCGAACAACCUAUCUCACUAGCGUCAGUAUGGAGCAUGAAGAUGACAGCAGCGUCUUCGAUUACGUCCAGGAGGUUCCCAAAAGAUCCUGGAGCCAGUCGGACAUCAAAACAAUCCGGUUCCCCUACGGCUCGGAGUUUCGACCUUUAGGGCCGUGUCCUCUUCUGAGUAGCAGGAAGUCUGAUAUUCUGAAGUACGUCUGGGCUCAUCAGGGCUUUCCAGAACCUCCUAGAGUCCAACGGAGCACAGAGCGCUACGUUGGCAGUGGGACGGAGUCCAGCGACUCUGAUUCGGAUCUCUUUCCGGAUUACUAUUCUCUCUACGGAAGGGUGGUGAGAGCCCCCCGGGCGAGGGUCCGGUUGUCUUCUGGGAGCCUCCAGCUUGAGGGCGAAGAUGAAGAAGUCUGCCUCGCUACCGCCAGCAUGGACGAGAGGACUUCUUCCCAGGGAGCGUCCAAUUAUUUCACUUAACUCGCAAUCUGCGGGGAAUUGAAGUUGGCACCUUGCUUAUCCAUCACUGGGUUUUAGGUCAUGAUUACACUUCUGGAGUGUGGGAAAUCUGCCGACGCAAAGAACUCUCUUGACCUACAAGAGGAAGUGAUUCAGGUGCUAGGUGUCAGAGGAGCAAAAGUCAAUACCAGUGCCAUUUGACUCGGUGAGGAGUGGGGAUGGGAUGCAGUUGUUCCGUAGCAUGUUACAGUCUUUGUGCCAGGUUUAUGGCUUCGUUUCCUUGAAGAGAAAGCUGAAUGUCAGCAGACUGAGUCAGUGGGACUUUUAUCCGAGUUGGUCAAAGGGAAGCGAACGGGUGCCGAGUCUGAUUCAGGAGGAAAUGUGCUCUCGAAAUGGGGUUCAAUUCUAGCUGUCAUUUAAGUAUCGUGUAAACAUGCCCUUUCUCCCUGUGUGGAGUGGGAUGCGUAUGUAAUGCCUAUGUUGUUAUGAAUACCAAAUGUGUCAUAAAACAGAGAGAUCAUC